GGUUCGUGGCUGGCUGGCCGCGGCUGUCACUCCCCGGCCGUUUCCCUGCGGCCAGCGCUCUACUUGGGGCGGGAGGAAGAGGGGCCGGACUGGGGCCUGACUAGUCGUCGCCGUCUUCGCGGCUGCUAUGACCAGCGGGCGAGGCGCCCUUCGCAGCUCCGCGCAACGCUAGUCGCGGCCGUGCGCCAGCCGUAGCCGUCUGCGUCCCCAGCGCGGCCGCUCCCGCGGCCCCCUCGGCUCUGCCAGCGCCGCCUGCGAGGCGGAGGCAGGAUGAAGAUGACGGUGGAUUUCGAGGAGUGUCUGAAGGACUCGCCCCGCUUCAGGGCAGCUUUGGAAGAAGUAGAAGGUGAUGUGGCAGAAUUGGAACUAAAACUUGAUAAGCUUGUGAAACUUUGUAUUGCGAUGAUUGAUACUGGAAAAGCCUUUUGUGUUGCAAAUAAACAGUUCAUGAAUGGGAUUCGAGACCUGGCUCAGUAUUCUAGUAAUGAUGCUGUAGUUGAGACAAGUUUGACCAAGUUUUCUGACAGUCUUCAAGAAAUGAUAAAUUUUCACACAAUCCUGUUUGACCAAACUCAGAGAUCAAUUAAGGCACAGCUUCAGAACUUUGUUAAAGAAGAUCUUAGAAAAUUCAAAGAUGCCAAGAAGCAAUUCGAAAAAGUCAGUGAAGAAAAAGAAAAUGCAUUAGUAAAAAAUGCCCAAGUACAAAGAAACAAACAACAUGAAGUUGAAGAAGCCACCAACAUUCUGACAGCAACAAGAAAAUGUUUUCGACACAUAGCCCUCGAUUAUGUGCUUCAGAUUAAUGUUCUUCAAUCAAAAAGGAGAUCAGAAAUCCUAAAAUCAAUGUUGUCAUUUAUGUAUGCCCAUUUGGCCUUCUUUCAUCAAGGAUAUGAUCUGUUUAGUGAACUUGGACCCUACAUGAAGGAUCUUGGUGCACAGUUGGAUCGACUGGUUGUGGAUGCAGCAAAGGAGAAAAGAGAAAUGGAGCAAAAACAUUCCACCAUUCAACAAAAGGCUGCAUUACAGGAUUUCUCCAGUGAUGAUUCUAAGUUAGAAUAUAACGUAGAUGCUGCAAAUGGCAUAGUUAUGGAAGGAUAUCUGUUCAAACGAGCCAGCAAUGCCUUCAAAACUUGGAACAGGAAAAAGCCCGAUCAUAUCAGGCGCUGGUUUUCAAUACAGAAUAAUCAGUUGGUUUACCAGAAAAAAUUUAAGGAUAAUCCGACUGUAGUAGUUGAAGACCUCAGGCUCUGCACAGUGAAACAUUGUGAAGACAUAGAGCGACGAUUCUGCUUUGAGGUGGUCUCGCCAACAAAAAGUUGUAUGCUCCAGGCAGAUUCCGAAAAGCUGCGCCAGGCAUGGAUUAAGGCUGUUCAGACCAGUAUUGCUACUGCUUAUAGAGAGAAGGGUGAUGAAUCAGAGAAGCUGGAUAAGAAAUCAUCUCCAUCCACAGGAAGCCUAGAUUCUGGAAAUGAGUCAAAAGAGAAAUUAUUGAAAGGAGAAAGUGCGCUUCAGCGGGUUCAGUGUAUCCCUGGCAAUGCCAGCUGUUGUGACUGUGGCCUGGCAGAUCCGCGGUGGGCCAGCAUCAACCUGGGCAUCACCUUGUGUAUCGAGUGCUCCGGAAUUCACCGGAGCCUUGGGGUUCAUUUUUCAAAAGUACGAUCUUUAACUUUAGACACCUGGGAGCCAGAACUUUUAAAGCUUAUGUGUGAGUUGGGGAAUGAUGUUAUAAAUCGAGUUUAUGAAGCUAAUGUGGAAAAAAUGGGAAUAAAGAAACCACAACCAGGACAAAGACAGGAGAAGGAGGCAUAUAUCAGAGCAAAAUAUGUGGAAAGGAAAUUUGUGGAUAAAUAUUCUAUAUCAUUAUCACCUCCUGAGCAGCAAAAAAAGUUUGUCUCUAAAAGUUCUGAAGAAAAGAGGCUGAGCAUUUCUAAAUUUGGGCCAGGGGACCAAGUCAGAGCAUCUGCCCAAAGUUCAGUGAUUGCUGUAAAUAGCGACGAGGCCAGGCGGGAGUCUCUGUUUUGUCCUGAUGAGCUAGAUUCACUCUUCUCCUACUUUGAUACUUCUUCAAAACUGCGUAGUAUCAGAAGUAAUGACAGUGGAAUUCAGCAGAGCUCCGAUGAUGGAAGAGAAUCUUUACCCUCCACAGUGUCAGCCAAUAGUUUAUAUGAGCCUGAAGGAGAAAGGCAAGAUUCUUCUAUGUUUCUUGACUCAAAACAUCUUAAUCCAGGACUUCAGCUUUAUAGGGCAUCAUAUGAAAAAAACCUUCCUAAAAUGGCUGAGGCUUUGGCUCAUGGCGCAGAUGUGAACUGGGCCAAUUCAGAGGAAAACAAAGCGACACCACUUAUUCAGGCUGUAUUAGGGGGCUCUUUGGUGACGUGUGAGUUCCUCCUACAGAAUGGUGCUAAUGUCAACCAAAGAGAUGUCCAAGGGCGGGGACCAUUGCAUCAUGCCACCGUCUUAGGGCACACAGGGCAGGUAUGUUUAUUCCUAAAACGAGGUGCCAAUCAACAUGCCACUGAUGAAGAAGGGAAAGACCCUUUGAGCAUAGCUGUGGAAGCAGCCAAUGCUGAUAUAGUCACCUUGUUACGUUUAGCAAGAAUGAAUGAAGAGAUGCGGGAAUCAGAAGGACUUUAUGGACAGCCAGGUGAUGAAACUUACCAGGACAUAUUUCGUGAUUUUUCCCAAAUGGCAUCCAAUAAUCCAGAGAAACUAAAUCGUUUCCAGCAAGAUUCACAGAAAUUCUGAAUUUUUUUUAAAAAUGGGAAAAUAUGAAAUCUGGUGACCCCCUAAUAUAUACAGCUAAAAAUUCACAAUUUUUUACUGCUUUAAUUCUACUUAAUUUUGGUAGAUAUUGAAUGGCUUGGAAAAAAGGUACCCAUUCAUAUAUUUAUAAAUUAAAACAUAGUUAUCUAGUAGUUGGAGAGGAACCUAGUUUAGGACCUCUUUUAUUAAAAAAGCCUAUUUAAAGGGCUGUUUCUGUAGAUAAAAGUUCAGUCUAGAUUUAGGCCAUGUCUAGGUUACAAGAUGAUAGGAGGUUAGACAAAAAUGAUUCUUUUGCCAAUGGGUGGUAGCAUUGAUUUUUUUCCUCCACGCAUCUUGCCCAGGAUCAUUCAGUCAAGCAUGUCUUCAUCAAGUGGGAGCCAACUGUCCUGCCUGCCUCAAGAAUAUGUUUUUUCUUUAGCUUCCCUGAUGAUUUUUGGUGGUUCAGAAAUAGGUGUGUGUGUUUAUGUGUUGUUGGUAACCUAGCCUUCAUACACAUAAUAUAUGGUUUAUUAGAACUAGAGAAUGUGUUUUCUCCAUUUGUUCAUAAAUGCGGUUAUACUUCUUAGAUGACAGGUUAUUGUCCAGUACUUUAAUGUAUGUAUGUAUAAUGGCUGUACAGGUAGACCAUAAUUCAGUCCUUUAGAUUUAUUUUAUGCAGCAAAAAGCAGCUCUUUUUUUUUUUUUAAUCACACACAAAAAAAACCCCAGUUCAAAAUGUGUAGUUCUUCAUUGUUGGGUUGAUUCCCCAAAACCUUGACAGAUGUAUUAUGGAAUAAAACUGUGUCUUAAAGGUUACUUGAAUGUCGUAAAAUUAUGCUUUCAUCAAAACUUCAAAGGAAAAAUCAAUUUAUAAAAUAAUGUAGGCCAUUUUUGUAUUUGAAAUUUGUCCUUUUAAAGAUACAGUUUUGCUGUUGCUCCUAGUGAAAGAAAAAUAUCUGUACAAAGGAGAAAAAGAACCCCACUUUUUCGUAGUUAAUACUAAAAUAUAUAGCAAUAAAUUGCUGUUUAUUUUUUCUACAUCUAUUUUGUGUACUUGUACACAGUGUACAUUCUUUUAAAUUAUAUCGUGUAUAUAGCUUUAGUACUCAGUUACAUGAUUCACAGACCCCUGAAUUCCAAAAUAUUAUGGAUAAACAUAUUACCAUUUAUAUGCUACAAAUUAGUCUGAUGCCAUCUUUGAAAUGUCUUACAAGUAUAAAAUAAUUAAUUUGCUUUUUUUUUUUUUUUUUUUUUUGAGAUGGCGUCUUGCUCUGUCACCCAGGCUGGAGUACAGUGGCACAAUCUCAGCUCACUGCAGCCUCCUCCUCCUGGAUUCAAGCAAUUCUCCUGCCUCAGCCUCCCGAGUAGCUGGGACUACAGGCACCCGCCUCCCUGUCCAGCUAAUUUUUGUAGUUUUAGUAAAGACAGGUUUCACCAUUUUGGCCAGGUUGGUCUCGAACUUCUGGCCUCAGGUGAUCAAGCCUGCUUUAGCCUCCCAGAGUGCUGGGAUUACAGGCGUGAGCCACCGCACCCAGCCUAAUUUGCCUUUUGAUUCCUUUCUAUUGUUGUCAACAAUUAAGUUUAUUCUUCUUUUAGAAAUUAUAUGCAAAUGAUAUUAUUGAUACUCUUUCUAAAUAAGAGGUUUUAAAAUAUAUAAAAAUUUUAUGAUCCAAUUGUAGAUAAAUUUUCUAACAUUUCCCAGUCACUAGAGUUUUAUAAGUUGAUUAAACAUCAAAUCAGAAUCUAGCCAAGCAGGAAUUAUAUUGAAAUAAGUUCACAUUACAGAAAAGGUUCCAUAAUUUGGCCAAAUUGCAUGCAUGUAAUGCUUAUUUAGUAAUAGUCACUAUAUGUUAGAUAAAGAUAAAAAUAUAUUUGUGAAUUAUUUCUGAGGAAAUGCUAACUUCCACAGCAUUGUAUUUAAUUAUAACAGUAACAGGAACAUUAAAUCUUUAUCUUUACUGUUUCACCUCAAAGUCAUAGAUCAUCUGGCUUUUUAGGCACCUUCACUAAAGGCAAAAAUCUGAUUUGUAGUUUUUAUUAGCGUGUACCUUGAAAUUAUUUGACCAAGAAGCUCAAAGAAAAGAAGUAUGUCAAAGAAAAAGAGAAAACCUCACUUUUCCUUUAUAGUAUCCCUUCCUGUUUUAAUUCCUAAAGAUCCUGACCUUUAUCUGAGGAAGCGUAGGUAGUUUUCCUUUUGGAUCUGGCCAUUGGUGUGUGCUGCAUUCAGAUCACCUCUGGAAUCUCUGUGGUUGUGAAGGCAAUUCCUUAUGAGACUCUUGCCUCCUGUGGCUUAAGUGAUGAAUUGUUAAUGUGGCAGUAAUUAGUAUCAACUUAAAUUUAGUGGUCAGAAAUGUAUUUGAAGUGCCUUAAAGAUGAUCAUGGUUCAGAAUAUCUUCAGAGAAAGCAAAAUCUUUAAUAUUGCAGGGAGGCUAGCAGUACAAAGACACAUUUCUGUGGCUUGAUCUCUUGAAUAUGCUGAGACCCAAUGUGGACUACAUUUGGCAGAAAUGAUGGAGUAAACAGCAAGGCUUUAAAUUAAAUUAAUAGUUACAAGGUAGGUUGUCUCUUAGGUGAAUUUAGCCGUGUCAACUACUAGCUUUUAUAUGGUAUGUAACAAAUCUAAAUUAUGUUAUGCUGUGAAUUAUUCAGUGCAUUAUAAGAAAUCGUAGUUUAAACAAUGUUAAUCAUGCUUUUGGGCUUCAUUAGUCAAUGUGAUUGGCCUUUUAUUUUCUUUCCAUAACUUAUCUGCUAUUAUUAGUUUCUUAUUCCUUAUUAUUAAUCUGUUAGCUCAUUAUCGUUAGCUUACUAACUUAAAAGUUAGAUUAAUAUCAAAAUAAGAAUAGCAGCACUAUGAAGAGUUAAUAAAAUGCAAUUUCAUGUUAGAGCUAGAAUAAAAUUAAUUGAGCAGUUAUUUGCAAUGCUUCAUUAUAACAUUUAUGUGCUUAAGAUUUCUAAGGUUUUAAAAAGUUACCUUUAAUACAAUCCUUAGAAACUCAGAAAUUUCCUGAUAUUCAUUAGAUUAUGGUGUUUGCCUAAUUUAUACUGGUUUUCACUGUAUAUUUUAAUGAACUUUGGCUACUUUUCCAGACAUACAGAUUUAAUUUGGAGUAUGAACUUUGGUUCUUCAUGAGUGCAUUUUGAAAAAGAAAAAAAUACACAUUCAGAAUCUGGCCAAUUUAAGUUUGUAUUUUAAAAAUAUUUUAUGCAUGUUAAGUAUGGUCGCAGUAAAUGAAAUUGUGUUUAAGACUAAAUUUACUACCGUUUUGAACAAUCAGACAUUCCCAGAUCAUUCUUAUAUUGUCAGAUAACACUUGUGUAUAAUAUCACUUUGGACCAUGGACAUGAGCUGGAAAAAUGAUGUAUCUUUGUAGAUUGUAUGUCCAGAAUGACUUUAGAACCGCAUGAUGCAGCGGAAGGAGCACUGGACUAGUCGUCACUACCUGUUUUGGAUUCAGGGCUCCUCAGACUUAAAAUGAGUGUAAUGAAACAAGGUGAAAAUAUAGAAACAUCCCUUUGUAUACUGUUUUGCCACUUUCAGUGUACUUGGCAUUGCUUUAUCUCACUGGAUUCUCACGGUAGGAUUUCUGAGAUCUUAAUCUAAGAGCUCCAAAGGUGCCUGCUUUUUUGAUCCUUGGGUGCUCCUUCUGUUUUACAGAGCAGGGUCACUUGAUUUGCUAGCUGGUGGCAGAGUUGGCACCAUUACCCAGGUCUGACUGACCACUAGUCAGAGGCACUUUAUUUGUAUCAUGAAAUGAUUUGAAAUCAUUGUAAAGUAGCAAAGUCUGAUAAUGAAUGCCAGCUUUCCCUGUGCUCUGAUAACGAAGACUCCAAAUAUGCUGGAGAACCUGGAUAAAAGUUUGAAGGGCUAGUUUGGGAUUUGAAGACAAAAUUGUAGGAAAUUUUACAUUUUUGCAAUAACAAACAUUAAUGAAAGCAAAACAUUAGAGAAGUAAUUUUAAUUCACCACAUACUUGUCAAUUUCUUGAUGCUUCCAAAUGACAUCUACAGAUACGGUUUUGUGGACAUCUUUUUCUGUUUACAUAAAUUUAUCCACUUAAAAUGUGAUAAUGUGGAGACAAAGCAAGACUUGAUUACAUAAACUUUUCUCUGCAUUGGUCUUUUCACUAUCUUAUUUGCUAACUUUUCUUAUUUUUCUUCAACCUCCCCACCCUCCAUUUUUUGGAUAUUAAACAGGGAAAGCUUGCUACAUUAUAGAUUGUUGGCACCAUUUAUUUUACACAAAGGCUAAAGGUUAACUUUUGGAAAUGAUGAGCUACUUUUAUAUAUGUGUUUACUCGUGCUUUGUGAUAUUUCUGGAUCAUUCCAGUCAUAAAGACUUAUUACAUGUACUAUUUCUUGCUACCUGUGAAAAGGUAUAUUUUAAAGAAUGUAUAACCAACAGUCCAUUUACUUUUUAUUAGUAUGUAGAGGAUUUGUAUCUAAUUCAUGAAUGUAGUUUUACAAUAGUUUGUCAUUGUAAAUGGAGCAAAGUACAUUAUCUUUAUUCUAAAAUGUACAUUAUGUAAGAAUUGUAAAUAUACUUGAUUAAGUACUUUGUAUGCCAAAAAAUUACAGUAAGUCAAUAAAAAUCUCACCUCUGGCUUA